GCUUGAGACAUCAUUUUCGAGCUUGAUGGCGAAGGGGUAAAAGAAUUGAAAAGGAGAAAAUAUUAUCAUCAUGAUGAAGGAGGAAUUACUCAACAAACUUGUUGUGAGAAGUUGCGAUUUGAGAGUGGAAUCUAAAUCUGCUCUUCAAAUUUUCUCUCUUGUUGAAAAAGCCUUUGAAAAGGAACCACAUAGUGAUCAUAGAGAACAAUUCCUUGUUGAAAAGUUGUAUCAGGCACCUCCAGAGGAAUCUUCCUUUAUUCCAGAGUUGUCCUUGGUAGCAGAGUUGGAGGAUGAAAUUGUUGGAUUUGCCUUGUUGACUAAAUGUCUGCUUGUACCUCAUCAUCAGCAACAAUCAUCAUCGGAAUGUUCUACUAAUAACAAUCUAACAUCAUUAACAACAAGUACAGAGGAAAAACAACAACAGGAAUCUAUUAUUUCACUGUGUUUGGCUCCCCUGGCCAUCAAACCACAAUAUCACAAGAUGGGAAUUGGAAGUUUAUUGAUGAGGGAGGCUCACAAACGUGCCAAAGAACUUGGUUUUACUUCUGUGGUCCUGGUUGGUCACGAACACUAUUAUCCAAGAUUUGGAUAUCGUCUGAUGAGGGAGUUUGGAAUUAGUGUUCCCUAUCAAGAUAUCCCUGCCCAAUAUUGUAUGGUGAUCGAGUUGGUAGAAGGUUGUUUAUCAUCGGAUUCUCGUGUGAAUGGAUCUAUGGUUCAAUUUGCUAAGGAAUUUUCAAAUUAUUAAACAAUAAUUUGAAAUUAAUAUUUAUUUUUAUUAUCAUCACAUCAAAACCUUUGGUCAUUCUGAAUCCAUUCUUAAACUCAAAGACAACUGGUUGGGCACACAUUCCAAGAUUGGUCUCGGUACUGGAAUCAAUCUUUACCAAAGAAUUACAAUAAAUUAUUUCUAAAUUAUUU